UAAAAAACCUCUGCUUUCCUCAGAUCCAAUGCUCACAUGCACAUAUUCCAACAACUCCCAUCUCUGUAAAUCGAAAAUCAUCGAAUCAAGAACAUUCAUGAUGAGCCUACAACGUUUCUUGAUUUUUUGGGUUUUUGGCUUUUCGAGUUGCCUGAGUUGUUGUGCUGUAAGGCUGGAAAUGGGCGAUCUUUCAAGAUCGAUGGCUUUACCCCUGAAGAUUCAAGAAAUCAGUUCCGGGUCCUUUCCCAGAGCUCCACGUAGGCUGCCCUUCACCCACAACGUCACCCUCACGGUGUCUCUGACCGUCGGUUCGCCGCCGCAGAACGUGACGAUGGUGCUCGACACCGGGAGUGAGCUGUCUUACCUGCGGUGCAACGAGACCCAGAUUAAGCAACCCGUUUUUUACCCAAACCGGUCGCUGUCCUACACGCCAGUGGCCUGCUCGUCGCCGACCUGCACUAUCCGGACCCAGGACUUCUCCAUACCGGCUUCCUGCGACUCCAAAAACCUCUGCCACGCCGUGCUCUCGUACGCCGACGCGUCGUCCUCCGAGGGGAAUUUGGCGAUGGAUACGUUCAGCAUUGCUGGGUCCAACUUCACGGAUACGAUAUUCGGGUGCAUGAAUUCGGGGUUCAGUAGCAAUUCGGACGAAGAUUCGAAGACCACCGGGCUGAUGGGUAUGAACCGUGGAUCUCUGUCUUUCGUCUCUCAGAUGGGUUUCAAGAAGUUCUCAUACUGUAUUUCAAGCUCGGAUUUUUCCGGUCUCUUACUGCUCGGAGAUUCAAACUUCACCUGGGCUUUACCUCUGAAUUACACCCCGCUGGUUCAGAUCGACAUCCCAUUGCCUUAUUUUGACCGGGUAGCAUAUACCGUCCAUCUUGAAGGUAUAAAAGUGUCUAACAAAUGGCUCCCGGUACCAAAAUCUGUAUUCGAACCCGACCAUAGUGGUGCGGGUCAAACCAUGGUGGACUCGGGAACCCAAUUCACCUUCCUUCUUGGGGAGGCAUACACCGCGCUGAGGGCCGAGUUCUUGAACCAAACAACGGGACUCCUUCGGGUCCUGGACGACCCGGAUUUCGUGUUCCAAGGGGCGAUGGACUUGUGUUAUCGGGUCCCUUUGAACCAAACGAGGCUACCGAGGUUGCCCUCGGUAACACUAUUGUUCAAAGGGGCCGAGAUAAAGGUGUGGGGGAAUGGGCUGCUAUAUCGUGUCCCGGGCGAGGUCCGGGGCAACGAUUCGAUCAACUGCUUUACGUUUGGCAACUCGGAGCUGCUAGGGAUCGAGGCAUAUUUGAUUGGACAUCAUCACCAGCAGAAUGUGUGGGUUGAGUUUGAUCUUGUCAAGUCUAGGAUCGGUUUUGCUCAAGUUAGAUGUGAUUUAGCUGGUCAAAGAUUAAACGUGUGACACAAAAAAAAUCUUUGGAACCAUAAUAUAUUGCUGCACGAAGUCAUGUAUGAGUCAAUGAGUAUGUAUGACUAUUUAUCAUAGAUAGAAGAUAAUGAUAUUGUGUAUGAGUCCAGUUUCGUUGGUAUGUAGUAUUGUGAAAUACUUUAGACAUCAGAAAAGUUCUACUACCUCCGUCCCAAAUUGAUUUGCAAUUUUGACUUUUUUUGGUCAAACAAUUUCGUUUUGUUCGCUUAA